CACAGACCUUCACCCUCUGCAGAACACACGCUCCAUCCACAGACACCAUGAGAGAGAUCGUGCACAUUCAAGCGGGACAGUGUGGCAAUCAGAUCGGAGCCAAGUUCUGGGAGGUGAUAAGUGAUGAACAUGGCAUCAAUCCUGAGGGAAACUAUGUGGGUGAUUCAGACCUGCAGCUGGAGAGGAUCAGUGUCUACUACAACGAAGCUUCAUCCUCAAAAUAUGUUCCUAGAGCUAUCUUAGUCGACUUGGAGCCAGGCACCAUGGACUGUGUACGAUCCGGAGCAUUUGGUCACCUCUUCAGACCUGAUAAUUUCAUUUUUGGUCAGAGUGGAGCUGGUAACAACUGGGCCAAAGGUCACUAUACAGAAGGAGCUGAGCUGGUGGACUCAGUUUUGGAUGUAGUGAGGAAAGAGUGUGAGAAUUGCGACUGUCUACAAGGUUUUCAGCUCGCCCACUCACUGGGUGGAGGCACAGGCUCAGGAAUGGGAACUUUGCUCAUAAGCAAAGUCAGGGAGGAGUAUCCUGACCGGAUCAUGAACACCUUCAGCGUAGUGCCUUCUCCAAAAGUGUCUGACACUGUGGUGGAACCCUACAAUGCUACACUGUCCAUACACCAGCUGGUGGAGAACACGGAUGAGACCUACUGCAUUGAUAAUGAAGCGCUUUACGACAUCUGCUUCCGUACCCUCAAACUGGCCACACCCACUUACGGCGACCUGAAUCACCUAGUGUCGGCCACCAUGAGCGGGGUCACCACCUCCCUGCGCUUCCCUGGUCAGCUUAACGCUGACCUCCGGAAACUGGCGGUCAACAUGGUGCCCUUCCCGCGUCUGCACUUCUUCAUGCCUGGCUUCGCUCCUCUGACAGCACGUGGCAGCCAGCAGUACCGUGCCCUCACUGUGCCUGAGCUUACCCAACAGAUGUUUGAUGCAAAAAACAUGAUGGUUGCUUGCGACCCACGUCACGGCCGCUACCUCACCGUGGCCACUGUUUUCAGAGGUCGUAUGUCCAUGAAAGAGGUGGAUGAGCAGAUGAUGGCCAUUCAGAGUAAGAAUAGCAGCUACUUCGUGGAAUGGAUCCCGAACAACGUAAAGGUGGCAGUUUGCGAUAUUCCACCCAGGGGUCUCAAGAUGUCCUCCACGUUCAUUGGCAACAGCACCGCCAUCCAGGAACUGUUCAAGCGCAUCUCUGAGCAGUUCACGGCGAUGUUCAGGCGCAAGGCUUUCUUGCACUGGUACACAGGUGAAGGUAUGGAUGAAAUGGAGUUCACGGAAGCAGAGAGCAACAUGAACGAUCUGGUGUCGGAGUACCAGCAGUACCAGGACGCCACAGCAGAAGAAGAGGGUGAGAUGUAUGAGGAUGAUGAUGAUGAGUCUGAAGCUCAAGUCCAAAAAUGAACCUUGCAAGUAGUAGCAAACCUUGAUUGCUACAAAAUAUUGAAUUAGUUGCUGGCUGAUACAGGGUGAAUCUCACAAAACUUGUCAAGAACAUGUCUUGGUAUUAUUUUACCCCCAAAUCAAAAGACGGACAUAAGAAAUGAUAUUCCGCUUAAAGUAAAUGAAGAUUAUUUUUAGGACCAUUAACCCUAAAACAGGCAACAUACAUCACAAGAUACAUACUCUUUAGUUUCUUAUAGGGGGUAUGAGAAAGAGUUUCUCACCCAAUCUUGUUAUCAUUUAUCAUAAUUGGGUCUGUUUUGAGUAUGUGGGUCACAUGAAUUGGUUAAAAUGUUCUGUGAUCAUUAAGUCAGACUGACCUAAAACCAAUAUGGCCACCCAUAGUGCAGGGCAUGCUGACUUUGUGAUAAUUAAUUAUAUAUUAAUCUUACUUUUCUGUAGUAAAAAAAGAAGCUAAUAUUAAUUGUGAACAUUGUCUUAAAAUGCAGAAGGGUUAAGAUUUUAGGAUCAUCUGCAAUAUUUUCCUAACAAAUAAGCCCAUUUCUCCCAAUUUUCAUUAUUUUAACACACUUAAAAUAGCAGUUUUACAUCAUUGUUGUACUGCAUUUAGUUUAAUCUUAUUUUUAAAAAUAAUGCUUGCAGUAAUAAAAUACAGUAAACAUGGCUGCAUUACAAUCAUGAGAACCUAAUGGGAAUGACAAAAAACCUAAAAGUAAAAUGUCUGAACUGAAUUUAAGUAAUUAAAAUUACAUUUAAAAAGGAUAAUUUCUUGUAUUACGGUAAUGUGAAAUUGCAUGGAUGGAAAUGUGCUUAAUUUUCAGGAAAAUUAUUUCACCAUGCAAAAUAUCUUAAUGAGUUAAAAUAUAACAAAAUUAUACAAUAAAAUAUAGGUUUCAUUUUCUUUAUGCAAAAUAUAAUUGCUUGAGUCUUUUCUUUUCUGGAAUGUGACCUUGACAUGUUUUCAUGAGAUUCGUGACCUAAUUUCUAAUCUAUGGAUCUCAUCUGCACUGCUAGUUAAUUAGUUAUGACAAGUACUAGUGCUACUUCAACAAGUAAUUUUUUGUUACUGUGGAUUCUUCUGUUGCUAACAGUAUUGUUCACUAACCAUACUAAAAAAACAAAACAAAACAAAAAAAAAACAAUAAAACAAUCAUUCAAAAUGGUCAAUAGAUCUGAAUUUCUUCACAAUCUGAAAAUAAUGUCAAAUAAACACUACUGCAUACAUACCAUUUAAAGAUGAAGUGUGUUAUUUCUGCAGCACUAGUAUCACCAAAUGAAAUUAAAAAAAUAAAAUUACCUUUAAACCAGGUUUCUGAACACCGCUGGAAUACAAGAAAGUAUUUUUACAUUGAGAGAAAAAAAUACACACCUCACUUUUUAAAAUCUAAUCAAUUAUUUAAUGAUUAAUCAUUGAAAAGGGCAUUUUAAAGGCUCUAUUUUUCCUCAAGAAACAUGCAUGUGUUCUAGCACAGUGCAUGACUGUCCCAUGCAGAGAUGACUUAUAUGCUAUUCAAAUAAAUAAUCUGUCCCUGGAGAAGAACACACAGCUCAAGCACCUAACAGAUGAAGAACACAGUGAUGCUUUACUAAAGGGAACACUCUUUAUGAGCUAACAACAUUGUCUAGUUAGACCAAUCACAUGCUGCUUGUGAAGUUUGCCCAGCAUAGGAAAUUAAUCUCUGAACAGUGCCUGCUUUCAUAAAAACACUGACCCCUUUAAAAUCCCAGCGGUCUCAUGUACUGAUGAUGCCUGUGGGCUGCUUCCUGCUUUUCAUUGG